AUGGAUUGGGCGCUGAUUGCGCCGACGGUACUAAAGGAUAAUGCUACGCAACUAAAGGACGCAAUUUUCGAUUUUCGAACGCCGGGCGUCGGGAAAAUGCCGACGGGAGGUUGCCGACGGCGCCGAACGCCAUUCCCCCCUCCACCAAUCACAGAGCAGAACACGCCCCGACGCAACUGCGACCUCGCUCCGGCGAAAACCCAUGAGGUGGAAAGGGACAGAGAACAUGCGUGCGCGGGAACAUUGUACACAUUGGCGGGGGAAAUUAUGAUGCAUCGUGUUGUU